GCCCGUCCGCUGCACGCGCCCCGCCCCUCUCCGGAGAGCUACGCGGCGGUGGAGCGGAGGCCUCGUGCCGUAACGGCCAUCGCGGCGGCCGCAGCCGUGUCCCCGUAUCCACCUCAGGAGACAUUGCCCUCAACAGACCUGUGGAUGAAGAAAGUAACCUCAUGGGGUGAUCUGAUUGUAAUUGGACAGGUCAUGGUGGAUAAUCACCCCCUCAGUGCUGAAGCUACUGAAAGAUGGCAGAAGAAGUGGUGGUAGUAGCCAAAUUUGAUUAUGUGGCCCAACAAGAACAAGAGCUGGACAUUAAGAAGAAUGAGAGAUUAUGGCUUCUGGAUGAUUCUAAGUCUUGGUGGCGAGUUAGAAAUUCCAUGAAUAAAACGGGGUUUGUGCCUUCUAACUAUGUGGAAAGGAAAAACAGUGCUCGGAAAGCAUCUAUUGUAAAAAACCUAAAGGAUACCUUAGGUAUUGGGAAAGUCAAAAGAAAACCCAGUGUGCCAGAUUCUGCGUCUCCCGCUGAUGAUAGCUCUGUUGACCUAGGGGAACGUCUCUAUGACCUCAACAUGCCUGCAUAUGUGAAAUUUAACUACAUGGCAGAGAGAGAGGAUGAAUUAUCAUUGAUAAAAGGGACAAAGGUGAUCGUCAUGGAGAAAUGCAGUGAUGGGUGGUGGCGUGGUAGCUACAAUGGACAAGUUGGAUGGUUCCCUUCAAAUUAUGUAACUGAGGAAGGUGACAGUCCUUUGGGUGACCAUGUGGGUUCUCUGUCAGAGAAAUUAGCCGCAGUCGUCAAUAACCUAAAUACUGGGCAAGUGUUGCAUGUGGUACAAGCUCUUUACCCAUUCAGCUCAUCCAAUGAUGAAGAACUUAAUUUUGAGAAAGGAGAUGUAAUGGAUGUUAUUGAAAAACCUGAAAAUGACCCUGAGUGGUGGAAAUGCAGGAAGAUCAAUGGAAUGGUUGGUCUGGUGCCAAAAAACUAUGUUACCAUUAUGCAGAAUAAUCCUUUAACCUCAGGUUUGGAACCAUCGCCUCCACAAUGUGAUUAUAUUAGGCCUUCACUCACUGGAAAGUUUGCUGGCCAUCCUUGGUAUUAUGGGAAGGUCACCAGGCAUCAAGCAGAAAUGGCAUUAAAUGAAAGAGGGCACGAAGGUGAUUUCCUCAUUCGCGAUAGUGAGUCUUCGCCAAAUGAUUUCUCAGUAUCACUAAAAGCACAAGGGAAAAACAAGCAUUUUAAAGUCCAGCUAAAAGAAACUGUCUACUGCAUUGGGCAGCGUAAAUUCAGCACCAUGGAAGAACUUGUAGAACAUUACAAAAAAGCCCCAAUUUUUACAAGUGAACAAGGAGAAAAAUUAUAUCUUAUCAAGCAUUUAUCAUGAUACUGCUGAUCAGAAGUGACUGUUGCACAGCUCUAAUUCGUCAUGUUACUGAAGACUGAAAAAAUGUCAGUACAAUCAUGCUUGAUUGGAUAUUGCUGUUUCUAACUCUACAUGAGAAUUGACUACAAUACAUAAGUAUUUUUAUUAUAACUCAGCCCAUACAUAUAUAUAUAUAUACUACAUAUGCAACCCAUCCGCAUAAGCAAUUCCUUUUCCUUGGUCUUCUGUGUUAUCAUUUUCUUUGCUGUUUUUCAUUUUGCUUCUAAUAUUAAGGUUUUAUAUCUUGAGAAAAUGAUGCAGAUCGAAAGUCUUUAUAUGGAAGAAUUUCUUAUAUUGCCUUUUCUUUAUUUCCUUGUAAGGAUACCCUAUUAGUCACUUCCUCAAUGGUUUCUCUUCAUGUAAAAUUAUAUCAAUAUAUGGCAUAUGCUAAAAUAAAUUUCUUGGAGAGUGUUAA